AUGGCAGUUCAAGUAUCAAAGAAAAUUUUCAGUGUUUUAAUGAUUGCAAUUUUGUUUACAAUGAUGUUUUCAUCACAAAUAUCACAUUCUUAUGUAAUAGAUGAGAAGUGUGUAAAAAAUUGUAUCGUGAAUAUAUGUAUGAAGGCAUCAACAAAAGCAACUGCAACCAUAUGUACCACUCCAUGCCAGAAAACAUGUGAUCCAUUGGGUAAUGAGUACUUCAUCGUCCCUCGAGCUGGUCGUGAUCCAAUAAAAACCUUCUGUCAAACAUUUAGCUGGGUAUGCGGUAAUUAG